AUGAAUAUGACUAAAUUGAAAGAGUCACCGCGUAAACUUCCGCCAUUCUCGCUUGAAGGCAAAUAUCCUACCAACUUUGAACGAGCGCUUUAUCAAUUCAAAAAUGCUGUUUACAAUCGUCUCUAUCCAGUUCAUCCAAUAGCUUUCAGCUGCUUAGUGAUUGCGAUAUUAGCGUAUCNAUCAGUUGCGUUCAGAUUCUUUACGGUGGUUUACGUUUCCAGUUCACCAAAGCAAUGCAAUGGUUUUGGAUGGCAUGCAAAAGAUUUUCGUGAGUUUAUCGAAUGA